UAUUAAUAUAUAUUUAAUACUUUUCUCAUUGGCUUGAACGGACCUACGAUUCAACGCUGCUCUGCUCUCAAUCAGAACCCAAAACCCAUUUUCUCCGAUGGCGAGCCUCUGGCGGGCCGCGAUGGGACAAUGGGAAAAUCAGCCUGAAGACUACGGGGGCGUCGAGUUCUGGACCGACCCGGAGCGGACUGGCUGGCUAACCAAGCAAGGCGAGUACAUCAAGACCUGGCGACGCCGCUGGUUCGUUCUCAAGCAAGGGAAGCUCUUCUGGUUCAAGGAAUCCACCAUCACCCGUGCCUCCAAGCCACGUGGCGUCAUCCCAGUGGCCUCCUGUCUCACCGUCAAGGGAGCCGAAGACGUUCUCAACAAGCAGAAUGCCUUCGAGCUCUCCACCAGGACCGACACCAUGUACUUCAUCGCCGAUUCGGAGAAGGAUAAGGAAGACUGGAUCAAUUCAAUCGGACGAUCUAUAGUCCAGCACUCGCGAUCAGUCACUGAUUCUGAAGUCGUCGAUUACGAUAGCAAGAAAUGAAGCUCCAUUUCCGUAAAAUUUAUUUUUUAAAAAAAAAAGAAAAAGAAAUCUGCACCAACGAAGCUCUGAUCGUUUCUGAUUGUCUACGUGCGUCACUUGGUUGGAUUCUGUGUGCUUCUUUCUGUAUAUUUAUCUAGAUCGUGUUGUAUUUUGAUUUGUGUAAAAAAUUACUUUCCCUGUGUUAAUUAUAGAUUUCAAACUGAAAAUUUUGGCUUUUUGAUUUC